AUGCGUAGGGUGCUGGGUGUGGCUCCGUUGGUGAUACUACAGAGAAGGACAUGCUGCCUUCGCAAGGAGACUGAGCUGGUUCGGAUAACGUGCGACCAUAUUUACCGCAGUUCCUCCGCGCGCGAGGAGCUGCGGCAGCUCAUUCAUGAAUCAUCCGUGGAGAACGCACUUUGUCAUCUGGAUGAGUUCUCCAAAGACGUCUGCGCAACAGCGGGGCCUGCCUGGCUUGCGAAACUAUCCGAAGCCCCUGAUGCGCUUGCGCGUAUCUCUAUCGUUGUGCAGACGUUUGAGAAGUGGUACAUCGCGAGGAAGGCCCCACAGAAAGUAACGAUGCAUGAGCCCUGGGGUUGGUACCCCAAGGCCCGCUAUAUGCGGCGCCGUUUCAUCUACCACUACGGGCCCACCAACAGCGGCAAGACACAUGCCGCAUUGGAGGCGCUGGUGAAGGCAAAGAGCGGUGUGUACUGCGCACCUCUCAAGGCCCUCGCGGCACAGGUAUGGAAGCGCAUUGACACGGUGGUGCCGUGCGAUUUACUCAUUGGUGACGAGCGCCGCUUUGGAGGAGGGGCGGAGCACGUCUCCUGCACAGUGGAAAUGACACCCAUUGACUACCAGGUCGAUGUGGGCGCUAUUGACGAGGUGCAGAUGAUUGCUGACAGGGACCGUGGAUGGGCUUGGACACGUGCAUUGCUGGGGCUGCCAGCGCGUGAGAUACACCUUUGUGGUGAGGAGCGUGCAAUUCCGCUCAUCCGAAACCUGCUCUAUAAGACGUAUGAGUUGCGGGGACUCGAGCUCGUGACGCACAAGCGCCUCGUUCCCCUCGAGGUGUCUCCGUCAUUGGGCGGUGACUUGCGACGAGUGGAGAACGGCGAUUGUGUUGUGUGCUUCUCGAGGAGAGCAAUCUUUGACAUGAAGCGGCGACUAGAGCGAAUUCCUGGUGUUGUCCCACACUGCAUUUACGGUUCAAUGCCUUUUGCCGUUCGUGAGGCACAGGCCAGCGCAUUUAACAAUGGUGUGCAGACUGUUGUUCAGGGAGAAAACUUGAAGAAACAUGUUCUCGUCUCCACCGAUGCUAUCGCAUACGGAUUGAAUAUGAGCAUUGAGCGGAUUGUUUUUGCGACCAUGAAAAAGUUUGAUGGGAAACAGAAGAUUGACUUGCCCCAGGCAACGGCUGUGCAGAUAGCAGGGCGUGCAGGUCGUUUUGGUAUGACACGUGCCAACGCUGUUGGUCGAUGCACAACUCUUCAUCGGGAGGAUUUUUCUAUGCUUCGUGAUGCCGUGAGCAGUCGAUUACCACCGCUCCAGAAGGCGGGGCUUCUCCCCACCGCCGACAUACUUGAGCUCUUCGUGUCGCUGCGCGCAGAAGGGAAGAUGCCGCGUGCCGCAGGAGAGACUCAAGUCACAUUCUAUGAAAGAAUCAAGGAGUUCACAGGAUGCUGCCAUGCCACAGAUGUGUUCUUUCCAUGUGACCUCUCGCGCUCACUGCUGCAGAUCGCCAAGGAGUUGGAGGCGGUGCCAGGCCUCGUCUUGAGCGAUCGGAUUCUAUUUUGCUACGUUCCGCUGAAUGAACGAAGCGAGGAGGCAUACAGUUUGUUGCGCGCGUUCGCCCGUGAUCAUGCCGCCGGGCGGCCCGUCCGUCUCCGCAUCGACGAAGAGUAUGAGACGUUGGCAAGGCAGUCCGAGCUACUUCGUGAAAACUGGGAUGAGAGGCGGGCACAACAGGUGCUAGCGCGGAUGGAGUACUUGUACCGCCAGGCGGAGGUGUACUGCUGGCUCGCGUGGCGCUUUGGCAAGACAUUCGUCCACCUUGAGGCUGGUACGGCUCUGAAAGAAAGAGUAGCAGCGAAGAUGGAGGAACUGCUGCAGCGGCUAUGA